AUGGGAGAGCGGCGGGCGCGGGCGGCGCGGGAGCGGGGAAGGUGGCGGCGCGGCGCGGCUUGCCCCCACUGUAGGGUGCUGGCGGAGGCAGUGGUGCACUUCCCGCAGACGCUGGCGGAGGUGACGCUGGGAGCUGGCGCUGGAGGCCGAAUCGAGCUGCGCAGCCACCUGGAGGAGGGCAGCGAGCCCGGCAAGGCCAUGGUGACGGAGCUGUGGUUGGCGCCCGAUGAGUUCCAGGAGGUGGCAGUGGUGCCCGGCUCCCGCAUCACUUUCUGCCUCAAGGAGUUCAGGGGGCUCCUGAGUUUCGCCGAGGCCUCCAGCCUGCCCCUCACCAUCCACUACGAUGAGCCCGGCAGGCCGGCCAUCUUCACCCUGGAUGACCCCCUGAUGGAGGCACACCUCGUCCUGGCCACCCUCCUGGACCCAGAGAGCGACUCCCAGCCACCCCCUGCCACCAAUGGCAUCUCCCACCCACCUGCCCCCUCCGAUGACUUCGCCGACGACCUCGAGUCCUACAUGGUGGCCUUGGAAAGCAGCGCCUGUGAGGGGGAGGCAGGGGCACCCCCUAGCCCCACCUUCUCCCUGCACACUCCUCGCCCUGCAGAAAGCCACCCCGAGGAGGAGGAGGAGGACAGAGCUGUGCCAGGGACACCCCCUCACAAGAAGUUCCGCUCGCUGUUUUUCGGUUCUGUGCUGACGUCGGGGGGGACUGGCCCAGGCCCCAGCCAGGAGGUGCUGGCAGAGGACAGCGAUGCUGAGUGCUGAGAGCCCCCACCCCAAUGCCACGUCGCAGCAGCUGGCACUGCCUGGCCGUACAGGAUGAUCCCAAAGCCACAUCUUAAGACCCAUUACAAGUUUAUUCCCCAAAAAAGCCUCCUGCCCUGCCUCCACUGCCAUCCAGGGGGCGGGUCCUGCCCCAGAGGGCACGUUUGGUACAGUAGAAAGUGGCAGGGGGGGCAGGAUCUUACAAAUAAAAAAACGAAUGGAGAGAG